GACAAAGUCAAAAAGAAAAAGGGAAUCUUACGGUGGUGGACUCACUCAACAACACAUCAAAAGAAAAACAGAAAAUGUGUAGAGGAUUAGCUGCAUUACCCCAAACAUGUCUGGAAAGGGCUAAAGAGAUCAAGUCUAAGUUGGGGGUUCUCCUCCAGAAGCCUGAGAAUGGCAUUGACCUGAUUAUCCCCUACCCCGAGAAACCAGAGAAGAAGCCAGAGAAGCUUCAGAAGUGAGCCAUUCCUGAAGAGGCUGCUCAGUGGCGUGAGUCCCUCGACCAUGUGCUGACCAACAGCUAUGGCCUGGCCAUGUUCCGUGGCUUCCUGCGCUCUGAGUUCAGUGAGGAGAACAUUGAGUUCUGGGUGGCCUGUGAGAACUUCAAAAAGAUCAAGUCUCCCAUGAAGAUGACUGUGAAAGCCAGACAGAUCUAUGAGGACUUCAUCCAGACCGAGGGACCCAGAGAGGUGAACAUUGAUCAUUACACCAAGGAUGUGACCCUGAGGAACCUGGUUGACCUUUCCUCCACAACCUUUGACCUGGCCCAGAAGAGAAUUUAUGCUCUGAUGGAGAAGGACUCCUUCGGCCGCUUCCUGAGAUCCGAGAAGUACCAGGAGCUGGUUAAAUAAGAAGAUGAUUGCAGAGUAAGGGUAAAUUCCAAACCAAUUGGUUAUCAUUUGAAGUGGAAUUAGGCCUUUAAAAUGAUUUGAUGGAACUGACUCAAGCAAGACUGCAGGUUUGAUAACUAAUGACAAACAUAAAGAUAGAUCUCAUUCUAAACCACCUUGACUCCAUAUUUCAAAUGACUAAUUACUACUAUAUUUGUCUUAUAUACCUGUAGCCAAUCAAAAUUGUACAAGUCAAUUAAAAAAGUAAAGAGUGUGGAAAUACAA